UAACUACAUGAUGUCACUCCCAUAGCACAUAUAAGAAUAAAGUUUUAUUGUUGUACCUUUAUAAUAAGAAAAAUGGCAGCUUCUUUGCUCUUGCUUAUCAUUCUUUUAUCGAGGAGUGCUGGAAUGGCAGGAGCAUGCAAUGAAACAUCAGAAACGGGUGAACUGGAAAUCAUUGAAGGCCCAGUUCUUGUGUAUGCAAAUUUUGCUACCUUUUACAUCAAGUGUUCUGUCUGUGGGGAGCCUCCGUUUGAAAUGUCAUGGAUUUAUAGUCCACAGAAUGACUCACUGAGCAAUCAUACCAUCUUAAAGAGCACAUUCAUAGAUAGCAAUUCCAGUAAUUCGAUGUGGAAGUUUAGGCUUCAAGUAAACCUCACUGAUACUUCAGCAACUGGUUAUUACUACUGUAGAGCUAAUAGCUCAUUCAGUUAUAUACACUCCAGUGCAUAUUAUGUAAAAAAGAGCUAUAAGCCUAGGAUUAAAUCUGCUAACGUCACUCGUUUCAAUGACACUGUGAAGUUUGAUUUGGAAGUCAAUGGUUAUCCUCUGCCAAAAUUUGUCCUACUUUACCAGUACCUCACUGUGACAGUAAGAAAUCACAGCAAGGUGAUAAUAAGAAGGUUCAAAACAGCAGGCCUCCGCUUUUCCAAAUAUUAUUUGAAUGAUGCAUCUUCAUUGUCAGUGAUCAGGACCAGUGAUGAUAGUGCUAUUAUUAACUGGACUCAUCCAUACGGAUCAUUAUUUUCCAUGCAGUUAGUAGUUGCGUACCUUAACUCUCAACUAAAAAUCAAUUAUACAAAAAUAUACGCUCACUCAGGUCAUCCUUACUUGCAAAUUUCUUCUGCUGUGCAUAUUCUUAAGAGAGCUACUCUGACUUGUUUCUGUGCAGAGUGCACUGACAUAAAAUGGUGGAGAGAUGGCUCUUUGCUGUCAGAAAAUGACUACGAAGUGAAAAGUGCAACAAGAAAACUUGGAAAGGGUAUAUCGAUUAAAAUGAAGUAUAGCUCUUAUGCUAUUGCUGUUGGUGAUAGAAGCCUGUACACUUGUAGUCUUACUGACACAUAUCAGAGCAAUAGGACAUUUCAAAACUUUGCACACAUAGAAAGAAUGUAUUCAUCAAUAGCACUGUAUCCACGAGAGAUCGCAACUGUGGCCGGAGAAAAUGCCAGCAUAUCUUGCAAUGCUAAAAGUGUACAUAAAAUAUCGGCCAAGUGGAUUCAGCUGCCAGAGCCAUGGUUCAAUGACAGUGGACUUUUCAGGACACAAUCAAGUCGUGGUGAUGUCUUUAAUGUACUUAACAGCACCAUCAGCUUUCCGAUAACUGCAGAAGCACCUUUUAGUUUUCGAAUUCGCUGUCAAGUGCAAUCAGUGUUUACUGUGCAGGAGUUUGACUUCACAAGAACAUUAUGGCUUCUUUCCAAUGGUCUCUUCUUUAAGAGGUUAAAAUUUUAUUACACCACUGCUCAACAAGCCACUAGUUUAACAGUCAAAUAUCCAUCUUCAGUCAGAACCAAUACGACCGAGGUUACUGUUAAUGAAACAGGAAAGAUUACACUGUGGUGCUUUGCUACUGGUAAUCCACAACCCACAAUCUACUGGUAUUACAACAACAAGACGCUUCACUCUAAUGAUCAUCAUGUAACAAUAGCACAUAGACUAGCACAUCAGUCAGUACUGAUCAUCAGUCCUUCAAAUCGAAUUAGAGAUGAAGGAGUGUACACUUGUGAAGCCAUUAACAAUGUUGCUAACCUAAUCAAUGCAAGGCAAACCUGCCAUAUGAAAGUCAACAUUCAAGUAUCACCCAAACUUGAUUUACCGGAUCGUAUUACAGCAUACAAAGGUGACAAUGCUAACAUUACAGUCCAAAUAGUUGGACCGAACCCUCCUGUAUCCUCUGAUAGCAUCAAAUGGAGCUAUUGGAAUGAAGCCAGUAGUAAUGUCAGCAUCCUAGACACAAACAGCAACAAAAUGAACACAACAAAAGAUAGUGCCAGCCUCAUUAUCACUGAUGUAACAAGCGACGAUGAAGGCUACUACCAAGUAAUGGUAUGGCAUCCUGCUGGUAUUACUAGCAAGGCAACUUACCUAUCAGUAGAGACUGAUGAAGGAGAAGGAGAAGGACAAUCAUAUACUGUUUAUUGGAGCACUGCAUUAGCACUGGUUGUCAUAUUAGUGGUUAUUCUAUGCAUUCUUGUAGCAACUUUUAAAUAUUCAAAGAAAAAGCGAAGGAGUGCAGCCAAGAGCAGAUUCGAAAUGUACAACUAUUAUGUAAGGCGUAGAAGCAGCUCUACCUCUAAUUGUGAAACUUGUUUGAAUGUCCUUGGUUCAGAAACUGUGAAAAGCAUACCUCCAACUUUCCUGCUUAAAAAAUCUCACAUAAAAAUACUUGGCUGCAUUGGGCAAGGCGAGUUUGCUAAAGUUUACAAAGGGCACUAUUACUUCAAUAAUCAGUGUACUACAGUCGCAGUUAAAACACUCAAAGGCACAAUGGAUAAAUACAGCCAAGAGGACAUGAAAGAAUUAAUAUUUGAAAGCCUGGUAAUGCAAGACUUGGAUCAUCCUAACGUGAUGGGACUUAUUGGUCUGUGUUUAGAUGCUGGCCCAUCGCCACUAGUUGUGCUGCCUUAUAUGGAAGGAGGUAAUCUGCUUAAACAUUUGGUGAGAAACAGGGAGAGUCUUUUGAUAGAUGAAACAACAGGUGAAGAUGAGAUAAACCAAGUUCGUUCACAGCUACUCUCUAUAAGUUUGCAAAUAGGGAAAGGAAUGCAAUAUAUUGCUGAAAAGAAAUUGAUACACAGAGAUCUAGCUGCCAGGAAUUGCAUGAUUGACGGAACAGGUAAUAUAAAAGUAGCCGAUUUCGGUCUCUCAAAAAACAUAAUUGGCGACAACGUGUACUACAGACAAGAGAAAGCCAAUGGAGUCAAACUCCCCAUUAAAUGGAUGGCAAUCGAGAGCAUAGAAGAUGGCAUAUUCACAGAGAAGACUGAUAUUUGGUCUUUUGGGAUAACAGUCUGGGAAGUGUUUAGUGGAGGGAAGAUGCCAUAUGGAGGAUUCUCACCAUUUACUGUUAAGACAAUGCUAGCUGAUGGACAUAAACUCGAGGCACCUUUAAACUUAGCAUCUAACGAUGACAUAUAUCAGAAGAUAAUGCUACCGUGUUGGGAGAGAAAUCCUACUAAACGGCCAACUUUUGCUCAAAUUGUGGUAGAGAUAGAAGUAUUGCUUUCGAACAGUGUUGGAUAUUUGGACAUUACUCUGUAACUAUUAUAUAUAUAAUAUACAUAUGUGAAUGUGUGUGUGUUCUACAUUUAUUAUUAAUGCAUGUAAAUCUGUUAUCAUUUUUAGUAUUGUUUUUGUAUGAGAGUGUAUAUUAUACCUAAGAUAGUAUUGAAUAGCCAUGGGCUAGCUAUAGUA